CAUCUCUAUCACCCUGUCAUCACCAGACGACCCUCCCGUUGGGGUUAUCCUAUUUCCUGUUGUCCGCUGGGCUCAGGGACCUUCUUACAUUCCUCUCCAAGACGCCGAUUGGAGGGAUCUAUACGAUCUUGGAGAACACGAUAACGAAGAGUUCUUCCAUCACCAAGAGAAUUGGACUCCAGAACUUCGAUCUCUAUUCGGUGAUCCUCCCUAUAUCGAAUUCCCCUCUCUUCACUACCAAACCGCCGACGUUAUCGAGUAUCUCCCCACCAUGUCGGGAAUCGAGAAACUCAACAACUCCAUUCUGAGUGUCUUCGAUGGCACCAAUUGGAAUACGUGGUCGGACAACUACAUGAGCAUCUGCAUGCAUCAGGGCACCUGGGGAGUGGUUAAACCCACUCAUAUUAUGGUUAACGGCACAUCUA